AUGAAUGUUUCGGUUGCUACUGAACGCAAAUCAUUUUUACCCUUACGAUUGCGAACAAAUACAACUAUAGAAACUACUGGUAUACCUAUUUUAUCCCGUCAAACAACAGCUGUGACGACGCCAAUGCCAUUGGCUGUACGAAAUGAUACUAAAUCAUCAUUUAAAGUUGGUGAUCGUGUUAUAAUAAAUGGACUUAAAAAUGGAACUCUUCGUUAUGUAGGUGCAGUAAAAUUUGCUCAAGGAUUAUUUUGUGGUGUUGAACUCGAUGAACCCGAUGGUAAACAUGACGGCCAAGUGAAUAAUGUUCGAUAUUUUCAAUGUAAAACAAAUUGUGGAAUAUUUGUACCACAUGAUAAAGUUGUUUUAGCACCUCGAGAACGAAUUCUAACACCACAACGAACAAUUAGUCGUUUAAAACCUCCAAGAACUAUGACACGUUCAUUUACACUUCCAUCACAAAUAAAUGAUAGAAUAGAACCAAUACAAAUAAAAACUGCUCAAACAUCUUCUCAUUUACCAGAUAUUAUUCCAAAUUCGACAACUCCUAUUCAACCGAAAACAAAAAUCGAGCCAAUUCAAGAAUCAACAAUUUCCGAUGAUCAUGACAUUAUCAAAACAAAAUCAGAAACAAAAACAAUUAUUGAAUCUAAACCAAUAACAACUGAUGAACCUUUAGAAACUAUUGAAUCUGAUUUUACAGAUAGUGUAUCAUUAAUUUUACAUCAACUUCAACCAAGUAGUUCAAUAGCAAAAAGUGAAGAUGCAAUUGAUGAGGAUGAUGAUGAGGAUGAUGAUGAUGAUGAUGAUGAUGAUGAUGAAUUAGAUAGUGAAAGUGUUAAUGAAUCAGUUACGAGUGAACCAAUACAACCGAUUCCUUGUUUAUCUUCUACAAUUGAUCUAACAAAAUCUAUUCAAACAGAUUUAUCAUUUGAUUUUAAAGAUAAUAUAACAUUUGUUAAAAAUAAUCUAUUAAAUUCUAAAUCACUUUCAAAUUCAAAUACAUCAUUAAUUAGUUCAACGAAAUCAAUUAAUAAAUCUAAAAUAAACAUACAAGAUAAUAAAGUUAAUAUUAAUAUGAGAAAACCAAGUAUACCAACACCUGUUUCAGGAGGAGUCAAAAAAGAUGUCCAACGAAAAUCAUCUAUACCAUUAACAAGUAGUCAAAAUAUUCUUCCGAAGACAUCAUUAAUGCCAGUUAAAAAAACACUUUCAUCUUUGAAUAAAUUAAGUUCACCGAGUUCAUUAGGAUCACAAUCGAAACUCAACCAAUCAUUGUCACCAACAACUUCUGUUGCUAGUAGUCGAUCCGAUUUAACAUCAAAACAAAAAAAUAAAUCAAAAAAUUCUUCAAAAUCAACAUCAGGUACACAUCGAGGAGUAUCUCAUUCGAUUGAUUUUAAUUUAGAUAAAAAAUUUAAUGAUUCUAAUCAUAGUCUUGAUGAUGCAAUUGAUAAUCAAUUAAUCAUUCAAAAAAUUGUUUGUCAAUCACUUGAAGUUACUAAUGAACGUUUAAAAAAACAAUAUCAACAACUACUUAAUCAUUGUGAUCUUAUGCAUAUUUUAAGUCAAUAUUAUAUAGAAGAAAAUGAACAAAUAAAACAAAAAUAUGAAUUAAAACUAUUGAAAAUUCAAACAGCACAUAAUCAAUUAAAAAUUUUCAUUGAACAAUCACAAUCAUCUUUUAAAAAUGAAUUAGCUACAUUAAAUGAACAAUAUCAAAAUCAAAUUAAUAUAAUAAAAGAAAAUUCGAAGGAAAAAUUUCUUGAAUAUCAACAACAGAUGAAUAAAUUAUUAAAUGAAAAAAAUGAAUUCGAAACUCGUUGUGUAUCGUUACAAGAACAAGUUGAUAGAUUUAUGGAAGAAAUGGCAAAUAGUGAACAUGCAGAUCCAUUAUUACGUCGUGUUGAAACACUUGAAAAAGAUAAAACAAGUUUACAAACAGUACUUGAAAUAAAAAGUCAAGAAUUGACACAAUUAAGAACUAAAUUUAAUGAACAAGUAUUUCAACGUGAAGAUCAAUUAGCAUUACAAAAACGUAUUGAUAUGGCUGAAAAUCGAAAUCAAGAUCUUGUAUGUCUUCUUCGAAAUUGGCAAUUGAAUGAAAAAGCUGUUGUUGUUGAACGUGAUCAAUUAAAAGAACAAAUAGCACAAUUAGAACGAGAUAAACAACAAUUAAUAUUUGAAAAUGAAACUUUAAUUUAUAGUUUACGUCAACGAUCUAUAUCAAUGUCAUUAACACCAACAUUAAAAUCGAACAUUAAUUCUUAUUCGAUACAAAGACUAAACAAUCGAGCACAUAGUUUUUCAUCAAUAAUUAUACCAACUAUUCGUGAGAAAGGACAUCUUACACGAUCAUUAUCAUUGAACUGUAUUUUAAAUCGGUGA